GUACAAUAAAAGUAGUCUUCUAUCAAGUAAAUCAAAUUAAAUAAACGCGCAAGAUCAAUUGCGGAAAUAUUUCAAACCAAAUCUGUCUCCGAAUUUUCCAUUAUUUUCCUCUGUAUUUCUAUUUAAUUCAUCCUCAUUUUCUCUUUCAUCCACCAUCCAAGUUCCACCGACCUCAAAUAGAAAUUAUAGACUGAUGGAUGAGCAAAUUCCCAUCAUAAUUUUAGCUUCAUUGCAAAUUAAACUCAAAAAUUUACAAAAAAAUUGAAUUUUGAAUUUGGGUUUUGUUGGGUAAUUUAUAAAAAAAAAGCAAUGAAUUUGAGUGUUUUAAUGGUGUUGGGUCUAUGUAUAUGGCAAAGUUUUCAUGUUUCAAUGGGUUCAGGCAAUGCAUUUUUUGAGGUAGAGCAUAAAUAUAAAGGUGGGAAAAGAACAUUGAAAGAGCUUAAAGAAAGAGAUGCUCGUCGCCAUGGUAGAAUGCUUGGAGCUGUUGAUAUUCCUCUUGGUGGUAAAGGGCAGCCUUCUGAUGCUGGGCUUUACUUUACAAAAAUUCAAAUUGGGCAGCCUCCUAAGGAGUAUCAUGUACAGGUUGAUACAGGAAGUGAUCUCUUAUGGGUGAACUGUGCAGGAUGUGAGCAGUGCCCCAAAAAAAGUGGGCUUGGAAUAAAACUGAAUCUUUAUGAUCCGAAAGGUUCAUCUUCGGCCACAUUAGUCAACUGUGACGAUAGUCAAUGUACCAUGAUAUACCAGGGUACUCUAGCUGGUUGUGAACCAGAUAUGCUUUGUCAAUAUGAAGUUACUUAUGGUGAUGGGAGCACAACUUCGGGAUACUUUGUUGAGGAUGCUUAUCACUAUAAUGAGGCCUCUGGGGCUUCACAAAAUUCAACUGGGAAUGGGUCUGUCGUUUUUGGGUGUGGGGCUAAACAAUCUGGUCAACUUAGUACAUCUGAUGAAGCACUUGAUGGUAUCAUGGGUUUUGGACAAGCAAACUCUUCGGUAUUAUCACAGCUUGCUGCAGUCAAAAAGGUGCCAAAGAUGUUCUCUCAUUGCUUGGACAAUCAUAAGGGAGGUGGAAUCUGGUCAAUAGGGGAACUUGUCGAACCGAAGCUGAAAACUACUCCAUUGAUUCCAAACCAGGCACAUUACAACGUUGUGAUGAAGAGUAUAGAGGUGGAUGGUAAGGUUCUAGAACUUUCUUCAGAACUCUCUGGUGGCGAUGGAGGGGCAAUUAUUGACAGCGGUACAACUUUGGCCUAUCUUCCAGAUGAAGUUUAUGACAAGAUUGUAGACACUAUUCUCUCCAAGCAGCCCAAUUUAAAAUUACAUAUUGUUGAGGAUCAAUUCAAAUGCUUCCAAUACUCUGGAAGGAUAGAUGAGGGGUUCCCACAUGUUACGUUCCAUUUCGCGGAGUCUCUCGAGUUGAAAGUAUAUCCUCAUGAGUACUUCUUUCCGCUCAAUGAUGGUGAAGAUAAGUGGUGUGUUGGUUGGAUGAACAGUGGAUUACAGGGUCGAGACGGGAAGGAUGUCACUAUCUUGGGAGAUAUUGUACUGUCCAGUAAAGUGGUAUUUUAUGACUUAGAAAAUCAAAAGCUUGGAUGGACCAAUUACAACUGUUCAUCAAGCAUCAAAGUGAAGGAUUUAGCGACAGGAGCUGUGCACACCGUAGGCGCUCAUAGAAUUUCAUCAGCUAACUCUUUAAUUACUGGGAGGAGUUUAUUGUAUUUGUUUGUUUUAGCUAACUUGUUUUUCACAAUUCAUUACUAGAUUUAUAGGUUUUUUUUUGUAGUUUUCGUAUACCACUAAAGAAGAGUUGUCCAUUUUUUUUGGUUCGAUUUCAUUUAUUCUUACAUGUAUCAUAUAAUACAUUCUUUUCCUAAGGCAGAAAGAGGCAGAGGAACUUUAAGCUACCUUCAAAUCUUAAGGCCUUUGGCUAUUUUUGUUGCAUUUUCUUGUCCCUUUUUAUACUUGAAUGUAUGUGAUCAUAUACAUAUUACAUAGGAUUUAGGAGUAAAUAAGCAAGCUACCUACACAUUUUGAUGUAGUACAAGUCCAUUUUGGUAGCUGUCAUCCCUUUGGAAGAACUGAACAUGAACAAAUUUGUAAAUCACCUUAUUUUCAUUUAAUGACUCCCUUUGAGCAGGAUUGCUUAUUUUAGUUUCAUUAUGUGCUCCUAUGCAAGCAUGAUUUCAAAGGUUGUUUUUUUUAUUAUUCUUCCUAGAUCAUCUCUACCAGGGUCGUCAUGGAACUUUUAAUGACUGAGCGAAUUUU